UUAUACCUCACCGGAAACUGGUUAUUUACAUAACAAACCAAAAUCGCGGGUAAAAUUAAAUGUUUCGUAACUUUUAAUAAUACUCAUUGAAAAUAACGCCGUACGCCUCACAGUAAAUACAACAAUGCCUUCACUGAGAACCCGAAAAUCCAAAAGUUCUUGUUCUAAAGAUGAACAGCUUGAAAUGAAAAGAAAGGUCUCUGAGAGUCCAAAACAAAAAAAGAAAAUGAAAGUAGAGAAAGUGGAGGAGGAGGAAGAUGGCAGUGCUGACAGUGAUCUGUCAGAUUAUGAAAUUGAUUAUGCCAAGAGACGUGAAGAAAACCUACGUCUGAACAGAGAAUUUCUAAGUCAGUUUGGUCUGGAUAAGGCUAAACAAGAUCUCCUUGCGUCGGUAAAGAAGACUGCGCCAUCUAAUAGGGGCCUGAAAAAGGAAAAAGCUCCAAAGGAGAUUUUGCCACGGAGAAGUAGCCUGAGGUUACAGAACAAAACACCAGACGGUAUAGAGUUACCACCGGAAGCCCUGAUAAACAGAGUGGCUUAUACCUUUUCUGAACCAGUUCAACAUCUGAGACCCCCAGCAGGGCCACUUGAGAUGAAGGAAUAUCUUCAUGGCUCAACGACUGAAGAAAAUCAUAAAGAAACAUGCAGAGUUUUAACAAGUUUAAAAAUGAAACCAUUUAAAACAGCAAGUGAUGAUCUAGAAAGAUAUGCUGAAAAGAUGUCAAAGACCAAAGUAACUGCUGAACGUGUAGCUAAAGUGGUUCCUGAACGGACCUUCUCAUUGGCACUUCAUCCCUCAGACACUAAAGUGAUAGCAGCAGUGGGGGACAAGUGGGGAAAAAUAGGCAUCUGGGACGUACUGUGUAAUACUGAAUCAAGAGCCGAAGGGGUGUGUUGUUACGCGCCUCAUUCCCGACCAAUCACAUGUCUCGAUUUUCCUGUACACUCGCCAGAGAAGAUGUAUUCUUGUGGCUAUGACGGAAGUCUGAGAUGCGGAGAUAUGCAAAAAGAAAUCUUCAUUGAUGUAUUCAAUGAACCAGAGGAUGACGAUGUUUUGUUGAGGAAUUUCGUUUUCACGUCUCCACACACUAUGUUGGUGUCUGAAAACACAGGUUGUGUAGCCUGUGUAGACAUUAGAACAGCCAGUACCACAGCUGAACAGAUGUAUGAAUUAAGUCACAAAUCUUUUAGGACUGUCAGUUGUCACCCAACACAGCCCUACUACUUUUGUACAGCGGGUGUUGCAGGGAGUGUUAGUGUUUGGGAUCAAAGGAACUUGAAACCAAAGAAGAGCAAAGCUUUAUGUGAGCUUGCUAUUGGAAGAAACAUAAAUAGUGCAUACUUCUCACCUGUGACAGGGAAACACAUUCUGGCGACAUCUAUCAAUGAUAAAUUAACAAUUUAUGACAGUUCAGAAAUUGGUCCAAAUGUUACAGUGAAGAAAUCCAUUAGUCAUAACAAUCAAACUGGACGUUGGCUAACUGGAUUCAGAGCUGCUUGGCACCCUGCCAGAGAAGAUUGUUUUAUUGUUGGCAGCAUGAACAGGCCUAGAGAGAUAUCACUGUUCAGUGUUGCUGGCAAAAAGCUGCAUGCCUUUAGAGAUGAAGACUACCUAAACAGUGUAUGCAGCCUGAAUGCUCUACAUCCAACUCUGAACCUGGUUGCCGGCACCAAUUCUAGUGGCAGAGUGUUUGUGUUUAUGUGAUCAUAAAACAGCAGAUGGUGUACAAGGCACGUUGUGUGUUUAUACUUAGACAUGUGUUCAUAAUAUUAUGUUCGUUAAAGUGUUGUGUUAAAAAAACAGACUGUGAUUGAAAGAAGAUAGUGAACUUCACAAACAUUACCAGAUAGUGUUCAUUAGAAGAUUGUGUUCAUGUGAUUUAAUUGCUGCACAUGGCAAUAUUCAUAUCUGUUGACAAGUGAUAUUUACCAUAACUGUGUUCAGAAAUUAAUCUCAGGAAAAUGUUGUUGUUUAUUUGCAUGUUAUUUUUUUUAUUUCCCCACCAUAUUAUAUGGUUAGGGGUACACUAGAAUCACAUUUUUGUUUGCAAUUCUCAGAUUUGAUUUUUUAUGCCACCGCAGCAUUUGC